AUGACUCAGAGUGCAGUGAACGGUACAUCAUCCAUCAACAGCGUGGAGGAUGAAUUCAGGUUCUCUACAGACCUCAGUCUAGAAGACAUUCGCUCUGAUCAACAUAAGUUUUGUGAGGAGCGUAACUGGUUACAGCACCACCCUCCUCGUAAUGUUCUGCUGGCCAUGGUGGGGGAAGUUGGAGAACUGUCUGAGCUCUUCCAGUGGCGUGGUGAGGUAACAAGAGGACUGCCAGAGUUCACAUCUCCUGAGAAGGUGCGAGUGGGAGAAGAGUUGAGCGACGUGUUGAUCUACCUAGUGGACCUUGCAGAACAGUGCCACAUUGACCUCCCAACAGCUGUUAGAGACAAAAUGAAGAAAAAUGCCCUCAAAUACCCAGUCCAGAGGGUGAGCGGGAAAACUGAUAAGUACAGCAGUUAUCCCGAAAGCAAGCAAGAGACGAGUGAUGUGGGGGACAUACAGCGGGAGAGGGAGGAAGCAGACGGCAGCGAAUAA